GCGGGCGGGAUUGGCUCGGCUAGCUGUCCGUCCCGAGACCGUGUGUAUUGCGACUGCCGCUGGUGGUGCCCUCUCGGCCUUUGGCUUGGGAAGCGGGUUUCAUGGACAAAUAAAAUGAUAUAUCAGAUGGACAGACAGAUAGCAGAAAGAGAGAUACUGGGAAAAUAUGGCUCAGACUGAAGUACUUUCUUACAGGACCCUGCUGAAUUUGAUGGGUCAGGAAGCUGGAAAACCCACAUGGCCAAAACCAGCAGGAGGCUAUCAAACUAUUACAGGGAGAAGAUAUGGAAGAAGACAUGCCUAUGUCAGUUUUAGACCAUCUCUGAUGAAUCAAGAAAGAUACUCAAACCAACACACAGAAGAAUGUGAAGGAUUAGAACUAGACAGUGUUCUAAAAGAAAAUUUAUUGUGUUCCAGUCCACAUGUCCAAGUAUGUUCUCCAUCAUUAUUACCAAAUGUUGGAUCAGAAGAACCUGUUUGUGAAGCUGAUUCUAGCCAAGCUAUCAGCACAGAUACUUCAAUGUUUUCUCCAACAUGCUACAGUUUGUGUGAUCUCCAAAAUGUUGCCAACAAUGAGAAUUCUAAUGACAAUGUGGAGUCUACUUCUGAAGAGUGUAACAAUCUUCAUGGCCAGAAUGGAAUUGCCUUUGUAAACAUUGACUCUUAUGAACCAGACAGCAGUGAUGGAGAGGAAGACGGUUUCCAAAGUGCUAUCUCAUUAGCUAAAGAAGAAACAGGACUAUUUCAAGAAAAACUGGACAAUAUGCUUUCCAAGUUAGAAAAAGAUAUGGACUCCUUCAGUGAUUUGCAGUCACACCUGCCUAGUUUCAGUUAUAAUACCAUAAAUAAAAGUUUCGAAGAUCUUAGAUUAGUGCCUUUUAGGAGACUUUCUAGCAUAGAAUCAGAUACUGUUUAUCAAAAUAAGUCACUUUUGAAAAUAUCUAAUGAAGAAACUUUAGCAAAAAGUAAACUUGUUUCUACUUAUGAUUUAGAACAGAAAAACAGUAGUACAGCUGAGCCUACAAUUAGGACACAUGUAGGAAUUUGUAAUGCACUGAGUACUACAAGCAUGAAGGUGGACCAAGAGAAUUCAGCUGAAUUGGUAGUAAGACCCAAAGUUAGAAAACAGAAUCCUAUUAGUGAGAUUGAUAAAAAACAGUCUGUAAUUAAUGAAGAGGAAGAAAAGAGAAAUACUAAAAUGUGGAAUGAUAAUGUAGAUGACCAGCAAUACAAUGCUGAAAUUAUCUCAAAGCAUAAUAAAGAAAAAAAAUCUAAUAUGGUUUUUGACCCCAAAGAGUAUGGAUUGGCUGAAAAUAAAAUAAAAAAUGAACCAAGGAAACAAAAUACAAGUCUUCAAGAAAAAAAUAAAAUAGAUGAUAAUGCUUUUUGGGAUGAAUUUGAAGAUUGUGGUAGAAAACUAUCUAGUUCCAACAAAGAUGAAGAUGACAGCUCAGAAUGCAGUGAUGGUGAAUGGUCUGCAUCCGUGCCUUCAUAUUUUUCUGUGACUGUGAAAGAUCAGUCCUCCAGUGAUGAAAGCUGGGAGACACUUCCAGGCAAAGAGGAACAGGAACCUGAAGAGCAGAGUGAUAGCAGUGGUGUUGAAGAGGAACAUAAUGAAUUUGGUUUCCAAUCACGGGAGCAGGCCUCUCUAGAGGAUGGAGAGAUUCCUUGGUUGCAGUAUCAUGAAGAAAUUGAAAGUAGCAGUGAUGAAGAAAAUGAUCAAGCUAGCCAUUUUGUACAUCCUGGCUUUUUUAUGUUGGAUGGGAACAACAAUCUAGAAGAUGAUUCCAGUAUGAGUGAAGACCUAGAUGUUGAAUGGAGGUUGCUGGAUGAAUUUGGGGAUGGUCUUGGUGUUGCUCAAGCAAUUUCGUAUGUGGAUCCCCAGUUCCUUACUUAUAUGGCUUUGGAAGAACGAUUGGCACAGGCUAUGGAGGUAACAAGCAUGUUCAUGGAAAUGACUUAUCAGCGUCUACAGACUGCUCUGGCACAUCUAGAGUCUCUUGCAAUUGAUGUUGAGCAGGCUCAUCCACCAGCUAGUAAAGAGAGCAUAGAUUGUCUGCCACAAAUUAUUAUUACAGAAGAUCACAAUGCUGUAGGGCAAGAGCAGUGUUGUGCUAUUUGCUGCAGUGAGUACAUCAAAGAAGAAAUUGUAACAGAGCUUCCAUGUUGCCACUUCUUUCACGUGACAUGCAUAACACUUUGGUUACAAAAGUCUGGAACGUGUCCUGUUUGCCGCCAUGUGCUUGCCCCUGGGCUUUCGGAGACAGCCGCUCCCAUAUUCACCUUCCUGUCCGACCAGGAUUAUACUACAGUCCAGAGUGCCUCGGGAACACAAUAAAGGAAUACCUGAACAAGAAUUUAGCCCAUCACAUUGUACUGUAAAGUUCUUUUAUUUAAUGAUAACAUGAAAUUGGUUUUGUGUGUGCGCAUGUGUAUGUAGCAUACUGUACACACAUACACAAAAACAUGUAGAAAUUCCAACACACACAUUUGCAAGAAUAUACGAGCUUACAAAAUGGUUUAGAAUUAUAAUAAGAAUAACAGACUGAAAAACAAAAAGGUUGCACUAGUUUUCUGCCGUAAACUUAUUGCUCUUAACUAAUGUGUCAUGGUAAUUAUUCAGUUUGUCUUGAAAAAUGAUCAUUAAUGUGGCACUUAUAGUCAAAGUAAUGCAGCUGCAGUGCAGUUGGAGCUUACACAAGUUAUGCAUAUGAUAUGUUUUACUUAAUAUAAUUUUAGAUGCUGAGAUUAUUUCUUUUAAAAUAGUGCCACUUAAUUACUCUGUAUAUAAUUCUUUCAUAUUUGCAUCAAAUGUGAAGAUGUUCUGUGAUAACAUCAGUAGCAUACUUUGGUUUCACUGAAAAUAAACAGCAUAUAAUCAAAGAAUUACCCUGUGAUUUCAUCAUGACCUCUAUGUUCAUAAGAGUGUUUGUGACUAGUACAAAAUAGGUUUAAUUUCAAUUAUUUUACACAGUUCAAAAUCUGCACUUUCACCUUCCCAUUAUAAGAAUUGAGGAAACAGCAACGGAAUUAUAGAAGGCUUAUAGAGCUAAAUAGUUUGGUACUAGAAGACUCAGCAACAGACUUUCAUUGGAGCGACAGGAAUUCAAAUCAGGAUAGGCACAUUUUAAUAAGUACCAUAUUUUCCGGCGUAUAAGACAACUUUCUAAACCAUGCAAAUCUUCUCCAAAGUCAGGGGUUGUCUUAUAUGCCCAGUCGUCUUAUACACCGGAAAAUACCGUAUUUUCCAGCAUAUAAGAUGACUUUCUAACCAUGCAAAUCUUCUCCAAAGUCGGAGGUCGUCUUAUACGUCCAGUCGUCUUAUACGCCGGAAAAUAUGGUACAAGUAUUGCAAUGCUAUAAUAUCCAUGUAAUAUUGUUACACAAUGGAAAUCAGUUGACCCAUUAUUACAGCACUAAAAUAGCCUCACAGUGCAGUUUCUUAAUGCAUUUAGUUUCUGCCUUAUAGUAUUGUUUUGAGUGAAACAGCAGUUCAUUUCAGUAAAAUACUUAGACAAAGUUCUAUCCUCUUAUUAACUGUAUUCACUAUUAUAUAUUACAGAGAGAUGAAUCAAACAAAAGUGUUUUGAGUGUUAGAAAUUAGUUUCUUAUAAUUAAAUCGAGAUAAAGCAUACAUUAAAUGGAGAUAUGGUGUAGGUUAUUUUACUGUACAAUGCCAUAAGAUAUGCUUUCAGAGGUCCUACCCAGGUCUUUUUCAAUUAAUUUAAUAUUAGCUAGAUUGAGCCUUUAUAGAAAAAGAAUCUAUUUAAUGACUGCAUUUUUUUCUUCUUAACUGUAGUUAGAAUCUAUUCUCCGUUGUUUCCAGGAAAAAUACAUUUUGUAAUAAAACAAGCUCAGUAGAGGAUUGUGGGGGUGGAAAUCAGUGAGGGAAUAAUCCAAAGUUUUACCCAGAAAGCCAUCAGCUAACAAUUUCUAGAGUAGAAGAGAAAAACAGUUGGGCUCUGUUUCAAAAUGGAAUAGACUAAUUAUUAUUAAGACUUUCAGAGCAUUAUAGCACUCCCACUCCUGCAAAUUCUUGCAUUGCUGAGGACACAACCUUACCAUGUUUUUCAAGACUAAAGGAAAAAGAAAUUAUGUUCUCAGUUGCCUAGUUACAAGAUGUUUUCUUUCAUCUUUUCUAAAAAGACCAGGUAAAAAUUCAUAGAUUAUUUGGUGUGGAAAAACAAACUUUAGCAUAGUGGAAAUUAAGACAAAUUCCUUUUUUAACCACAAAAGACUAGGUUCCUCUGGCUUCUUGGUGACAUAAAUAUAUCAUGGCAAAAAUUGGACAUUUUCUAUUCUCAGCAAUAUAAAAAAUGCUUCUUGAGAAGUAAAUUUCAUAGACUUCCUGAAUAAACAGGCAUUCUGCAAUUAAACUAUAUUGCAACUGAGUUUUUGUACAACUAUAUAAUCUAGGGGCACGAUCAAAAUAUAUGAUCAUAUAGCUCACAUAUCUUCUGUAUUGCAGAAAUAUAGCUGCAGAGAACUAUAUUCUGCUGUUUCCUUUCUCCCCUCAUUACUAAGCAGGUUUACAUGCUUUAUUGUUUUAACAUCUGAUACAUUCCAAUGUUGAAACAAAUACCUUUAAACAGCAUUAUGGCAAUGGUUAGUUAAGUUGUAACUACUUAUAAUCUGAGGAAUAAUCAUACAGCAGAUUUCAUUUUGUAACAUUUCUUUCAAUUUGAGAACAUAAAGUCUGUAAAUUGAACUGCAAAGAGAAGCAAAAAACAGCUUUUCUUUAGACUUCAUAGGCAAGCUCUUAGUCCACAAAUCUCAUGGAAAACUCAGUAAAUAAAGAGUACAUGAAUUACCGUGUCAUUUAAAAUGUUAAUUUUCCACCCUGCAUUUUGGCUUCUCUUACAUGCAGAGCAUCUGAACAGCCAUUCAACCAGUACUGUAUCUAUAGAAACAGAAACAGAAUGUAAGGUAAUGACUGCCAUGAGCAUAUGGCAACAAAUGUUAUGCUCCUAUCCGGCCAUACAAACAGAAAAAAAAACACAUAUAUGCAAGGCAAAGUGAAGUAAAUAAAGUCAGUAGUGUUAGAAAGUGAAAAAGCAGUGUUAGUAGCCAUAAAUUUUAGGGUUUCCUCUUGUCCAUCAGGAGAUUUCAUCUCAACAAAAUGUCUGCAAAUGUCAGCCAAUCCUAAUCACAUACAACUGGAA